AUGGAGAGGUCUCUGGAAUUGGCCAAUAUGUCCAGAGUCCAAGAGUUUAUCCUACUGGGUUUGUCUGCCAGGCAAGAUGUAAGGAUUGGCCUAUUUGUCAUCUUUAUGACCCUCUACCUGCUGAUCCUCCUGGAGAACAUGCUCAUCAUCUACCUCAUCUGCAGUCACAGUGAGCUCCACAAGCCCAUGUACUUCUUCCUGGACAACCUGAGCGGCCUAGAGAUGUGCUACGUGUCAGUGACCAUGCCCAGCCUGCUCGUGGGGCUGAGGUCCAGUCUACGCCAUGUGUCCUUCACAGCCUGCAUAAUUCAGCUUUUUUUAUUCGUAUCUCUCAUUUGUACCAAGUGCACCCUCCUGGCUUCCAUGUCUUAUGACCGCUAUGUGGCCAUCUGUCAUCCACUCCACUACCUGCUCUUCAUGAGGCCCCAGGUCUGCCUGGGCUUGGCCGUGUCCUCAUGGCUUGGUGGGCUGCUGGUCUCAGUGGUUAAGACAUCAUGCAUUGCCAGCCUGUCCUACUGUGGCCCCAAUGUCCUCAAUCACUUCUUCUGUGAUGUUUCCCCUCUGCUCAACCUGUCCUGCACCCACGUGGCCCUGACAGAGCUGGUGGACUUCAUCUCCACCAUCUUCAUCUUCUGUGGGUCAUUACUGAUUGCUCUAGCCUCCUAUGCGGCCAUUGGGAAGGCUGUGCUCCACAUGCCUUCAGCUGCUGCCCGUUGCAAAGCCCUCUCCACCUGCGCCUCCCACCUGAUUGUGAUGGGCAUUUUCUACUCGGUGGUCCUUUUCACGUAUUCCCGACCCAGCCGCGUCGAAUCCACAGACCUCAACAAGAUGCUGUCAGUCGUCUACACGGUGGCCACGCCCACGUGCAGCCCUAUCAUCUACUGCCUGCGGAACAAGGAGGUCCACGCAGUGCUGCGGAAAACCCUGCACUUGCGGUGA